GAAGACUUCACAUGGCUAAAAAUCUAAGGCUAAAAAGCGUUAGAGAGGGAAUUAAUAAAUAUAUUUUAAAAAUAUAGUGUGUGCCGGAAGAAAGUCGCACACGAUGAUAUAGACAGCUCUCUCUCCACCUAUCUAUCGCCUUAAGAGGAAGAGACAGACACACUUGGAAAAGAACGUGCAAACUGCUCUGGAGAAGGGAAUGCUAGUGGAGCAAAGUGACGGCCGGUUCCAAUGCGCGUGCGGCGAGACACUCAAGAAAGCGAGUCUCACAGGACACCUUAAGAGCAACAGACAUUUGGAAGAGUUUACCGUACAAGCUGCCCUUGAGAAAAACAUCUUUGUAGAGAUUGAAAAUGAGGAAUAUCAGUGUGCUUGCAAAAGAAAGCUGAAAAAGGCUUCGUUGAGAGGACAUCUUACCACAAAGAUACAUUUGGCAGAGGUACACGCGAGAAAGUUGUGGAUGAAAUCAGGAAAAGAUAAAGAGACAGAGGACCCACGGAGCAACAAUACUGUCCAAGAGGAAGAGAUUGUAGUAGAAAGCGACGAUAAUAUUACGCGAUGUCAUUCUUGUGGGAAGAGAUUCUCAAACAAGGAAUAUCUCGAACGACACGCACUAGACAGCAAAUGUCGGAAAAAAAUCAAUAGAAAACGGGAGAAUGUGCAAUCAAUGACGGAAACACCGAUCACACCGUACACCAUAAGAUCAGAUCCACCAGGGCAUGUUUACGUGUUUAACAACGACUUCCAAGGUCAAGAGCUGGAACGCCGCGGAGCCAAGCAGGACUCGUGCAACCUGAAGGAGACCUUCACUCGCAUGGGCUACGAGGUCUUCCUGCUAGAGAACCUCAGCGCGCAGAAGACGAUGGCGGCGGUAGAUCGAAUUAGGAGCGACCCGGCGCUCGCCAAUGUCGACGUCCUCGUCAUGGUGUUCCUCAGCCACGGCAAACGGGCCUUCAAAUUCCGGGCGCAGGACAGGGAGACGCUUGACCUUCGAAAAAUUCGCAGGAAUUUUACACACUCGCUGUGUCCCAACCUGAAAGGGAAAGCCGAAAAUUUUCUUCACGAAUUUCUGCCGCGGACCGGACCUCCAAAUACAGACGGACGGCAUCGAGCCCACGAGGGACAUGGUGACAAUUCACGCGGUCCAGGACGGGAUCGCAGCGCUGCGCAACACCCGCUACGGCACCUACUUCGUUACGGCUCUGUGCUUAGUGCUGCAGAAAUACGCAGCCCACAAAAGUCUGCGGGAAAUCUACCUAGAGCUGGAAAAGAAAACGAGGGAAAUGAAGGGGACUUUGCCUCAGUGGGAGGACGAUGCUUUCCGAGAUUUCUAUUUCACGCAAAGAGCGCGUCUAGAGUAAGAAUGCCAUGUAAAGCCAACCUGAUUUGUAUCAGUAUUGAAAUUUACCGCCACUACUGUUGUACUUAUCCUAAAUCAUCUAAUAAUAUGCUAUAUAUGCUCAUGGCCCUCUCUCUACACCCAUUUUACCACACUACAAACAGACAUGACACAGUUAGUAAUGUCAACAGUUGUUCACGCGAUAUCUCUCCUUUCAUUUAUUUUCCAUGCUUGGCACGUAAUCCAUAAUGAAAUUUUAAAUCAG